AUGAAGACUAAAAUAGCAAACGAUUUCAAUAAGUUCUUUACAUCAGUAGGUUCUAAAUUGGCCAACUCAAUCAAUGCAGCUGGGGCUCCAGUCGUAAACGACGCUGACUUCUCACUCGACACGAAUUUCACAUUCAACACAGUCACUCACGCUGACAUAGAACGUUACGUCCAGGGUCUGCGCGGAGGGUCUGCACCUGGCCAUGAUGACUUGAAAAAAGCUUUCGACUCAGUGGACAGAAGUCGAUUGUUGCGUAAACUUGAGCUUGUCGGGGUGCGCGGCACCUCGCUCGCUUGGUUCAGCAGCUACCUCUCUGAUAGGCUACAAACCGUCGCACUUGGUGAAGUGUCAAGCGAUGUUUUGCCAGUGGAGUAUGGUGUGGUCCAGGGAAUGAAAAUAGAAGAUCUCAGGCAUAAGAAAUAA